AUGGAUGUCGAUACCGCCUCGUACGCGGUGGCCAGACGCUUCGUGCUGGACGGAAACCGCCCCGAUCCCGACUCCGUGCGCGUCGAGGAGUUCGUCAACUACUUCGACCAGGAAUACCCGCAGCCGCGCAGAGAUGCCUUCGGCAUUCACGUCGACGGCGCACGCUCGCCCUUCACCCACGACACGUGGAUCGCCCGCGUGGGCAUCCAGGGACGCGACGUGCCCGACCACCAGCGCAAGGACGCGACUCUCGUCUUCGUCAUCGACCCUUCAGGCUCCAUGGAGCGGGAAAACCGGCUCGGACUCGUGCAGCGCGCCCUGCGCCUCCUCGUCCGUGAGCUACGGCCCACCGACCAGAUCGGCAUCGUCACUUAUGGAAGCCGCGGACACGCUAUUCUCAACCCCACCGAGGCGCGGCACGACGACUACAUCAUCGAGGUCAUCGACGGCCUCCGACCGGGUGGCUCAACCAACGCCGAAGAGGGCCUCAGAUCGGUUACGAGAUGGCCGACCGCUGGCUCGACUCCAGGCGUAUCACGAGAGUCAUCUCUUCUCUCCGACGGCGUUGCGAACGUCGGGCAGACCGGCCCUGACGCAAUCCUCCAGCGGGUCCGGCGCUACGUGAACGAGGGUGUGAACCUCUCCACCGUUGGCGUUGGCAUGGGCAACUACAACGACGUUCUCUUGGAGCAGCUCGCCAACGACGGCAACGGCAACUACAUCUACAUCGACAACCUCAGCGAGGCUUGGAAGUCAUUCGUCGACAACCUCACAUCCACUCUCCAGGUGAUCGCCAAAGACGCCAAGAUUCAGGAGAACCGGCUCGAACUCGUCAAGCGCGCGCUGCGUCUCCUCGUACGUGAGCUUCGACCCACCGACCAGAUCGGCAUCGUCACCUACGGAAACCGCGGACACGCCAUUCUCAACCCCACUGAGGCGAAGCACGACGAUUACAUCCUCGAGGUCAUCGACGGGCUCUAUCCCGGCGGCUCUACCAACGCCGAGGAGGGUCUACGGCUGGGCUACGAAAUGGCCGACCGCUGGCUGAACCCUGAGCGCAUAACCAGGAUCAUCCUCCUCUCCGACGGCGUGGCAAACGUUGGACAGACUGGCCCCGAAGCCAUUCUGAAUCAGGUGCGCAAGUACGUGAAUGAGGGCGUGACCCUCUCAACCGUCGGCGUCGGCAUGGGCAACUACAACGAUGUCCUCAUGGAACAGCUCGCCAACGACGGCGACGGUAACUACUUCUACAUCGACAACCUCACCGAGGCGUGGAAGUCUUUCGUCGACAACCUCACCUCCACGCUUCAGGUGAUAGCCAGGGACGCGAAGAUCCAGGUCUCUUCAACCCGGAUGUCGUCCACAGCUACCGUCUGA